CCCUUCACCGUGUCCGGCGACAUCCGAGAGGACCGAGCCUGGACCAUCAUCCGGCACAACCGGCACUACGCCACGCGGGUGACGGGCUCCAGCGUGGACCAGCCCUUCCUGGGGGAGGUGGAGUAUUGGAACGCCUCCUGGGCCGAGGUGUCCGCCCUGGCCAACGCCUCCAAGUACUGCGAGCAGCGCAUCGAGCUGCACUGCUACAGCUCCCGCCUGCUCAACACGCCCUGCAACACCUGGAACACCGUCUCCUUCAACCGGGGGACUGCCCUGCUCUUCCCCACCUUCCAGGCCAACCACAGCCUCGACAUCUCCUUCUACUUCAAAACCACGGCGCAGUCCGGCGUCUUCCUGGAGAACCCCGGCUCCCGCUACUACAUCCGCACCUUCUUUGGGAACGUCAAUGAGAGCGGGGUGGUGCGGCACGACCUGCACUACCCCAUCCUGGCGCGCUACAUCCGCAUCAUCCCCGUGGCCUGGAACCCGCGUGGGAAGAUCGGGCUGCCCCUGGCCCUCUACGGCUGCCCCUACCGGUCCCAUGUGCUCUACUUCGACGGCGACGACGCCAUCUCCUACCGCUUCCGUGCCAAGAGGAUCAGCACCAUGGAGGAUGACAUCUCCUUCAACUUCAAGACAGUGGAGCAGAACGGGGUGCUGAUGCACGGCGAGGGCGCGCAGGGCGACUACAUCACGCUGGAGCUCAAGCAGGCCCAGUUGCUCCUGCACAUCAGCCUAGGCAGCAGCCCUGUGCACGCCACCGAGGGCCACACCACGGCGGCGGUGGGCAGCCUGCUGGACGACGAGCACUGGCACGCGGUGCACGUGGAGCGCUACGGCCACCACGUCAACCUGACGCUGGACGGGGAGGUCAAGCGCUUCCGCUGCCACGGCACCUUCAACCAGCUCGACCUGGACACCGAGCUCUUCUUCGGCGGGGUGAUCGACCAGGACAAGCAGCACCUCACCUACCGGCAGAACUUCCGCGGCUGCGUGGAGAACAUCAUGUUCAACGGGGUCAACAUCGCCGAGCUGGCCCGGCACCGCCGCUCCAACAUCCGCUUCGAGGUCCAGCCCGCGCUGGGCGCAGGGUCCCGGCCCCGCAAGGGCCACCCCCAUCCCCAGAGCCCUGUGCUCGCCCUGGGGUGA